AGUUGCGUGUAGCUUGUGUCGAAAGUACAAGCGGACAGUCUUUGAUUAUUCAGUCCCUGGCAAAGAUGGUUCGACCACAUUUUGGACCCCUACACUUCAAGCCCAGCCGGUCCUACACAGAUCGCCCCAGCUUUGUGUCUUCUGAAGAGCACUAUAGACCCAACUCCAAUAGUCAGAGAGAGAUCCCGGAAUAUCCAGGAAGGAACCCUUCCAGCAGGAGAGAAUCCAGAGGCAGAGGACGACCCCCUUUUGCCAAAAGGGGCCCAAUAAUGGGAGAACGAAGAGCACCACCUUUUAACCAAUGGAGGUCCCCAAACCAGGAUUCAUUUAAACCAUACCCUCAAACAGACCAAACAGAGCCACACCAUAGUCACAGGAAGCCUUCUCCAUCUAGUUUAGCCCGACCCCCACAAAGCCAGUUGCACCGAUCAUCAUCACGUAGUCCUGUACAGAGAUCCCCUGGCCACAGGGGCCCACCUUUUCAUGGGCAAUCUUCGGUUCAUAGGUCACCUUCGCCACAACAUUAUCACACCCACCCAGCUGACAGGAGACCUGGCUCUGCACCACACUACAAGGGAUCUUUCAGGACCCCUAGUAAAAGGCAGUCAGGUUACCCUCAUGAGGAGCAGCUGAAACAAGACCCUCGGGGUCAUUACAGUACCAGAGGCAGGCAGUAUGGACACUCAACUCAUGGUGUGAAGCACUGGAAUGGAGCUGGAACAUCCUCUCAUCAGUACAGAGGACAGCAUGGGCCCUCUGGUUCACAGAGGAAACCCUGGGAGUUACAUGGGAGAACCUCAUAUCCAGAGAGGUACAAGUGUAAAGCAGCGUUGCAGGCUGGGUGGUCUACUGAACAAGAUUCCAGGAGGCAGCUUGGCGAUGUGGCGAGUGAGGGCAACAGAUCCCGUCGUGCAGAGAAGGCACAGGGAGGCCAUUUUGAUGUCCCUCCUAACAGAUCCUCCUCAUGGAAAGGAAGUCCAUCAUCAUCGUCAUCAUCAUCCUUCCACAAACCCCCCCAAGUACCAUUCCCUCGCAAGAGGAGGACACCAGACUUCAACCCAGUGCCCCCAGGCCCUUUGCUGGAACAUGGACCAAAGUACCACAGGAGAGAAAGACCACAUCUCCCCAGUGUUUCCAGGGGAUUCAGUGGAAGACCCAUGUCUCUCAAGGAUAAACGUCACUUUUUGAAGGGAAGACAAAUGAGCGCAGAGUCUGUGAUGAGGCUCAGAGCACCACCCCUGAAACCAAACCCUCAAGUUGGAAAGUCUACUCGGAGUUCCAUUCUUGCUAUGCGUAUGAAGCGGUUUCAGUCCAAUUCCCUUCCACUGAGAAAGAUUGAACUGAGGAAGACAAAGCUUCAUCAGUCACCACCCAAGUCAGACAGCAAUACAAGCACGUCCUCAAGAGACUUUGACACCAUGAAAGAGCAGGUGAAGUCCCAUCGGUCCUUGAGCACACGCAGCUCUUCUCCCAUAGACAAACAUCUGGUGUCUGACCUUGUAGUUGUGUCCCACUGGCAAGCUGCGCCGAGCUCAAGCUCUAAAGGCUGCUCAUCCCCCAGGGAUCGAAGUCCUAAACUGAAGACUGAACGCAAUUACUCUUCCGAUGUCCCUUUGAACAACCGAUUUCAAAAAUUUCAAGACUUCAAAACAGCAUGCGAUUACCAUAGAGGAGGUUUUCCAAAUCAGAAACCCUUUAGAUCAGUGAAUAUUACACAGGACAGCCACAGACUGGGAAGACCCUUCAGAAAGCUGGGACCUGGACCCACUCAGAUGCAGAAGUUUGGUGGUCCUAGGAGGACAGCCCCCGAAUCAACUGGAAAUUUUCGAAAACCACUUAUGGAGAGUGUUGUGCCACGUCCCUACCCACAGCAGAAGCCAGUGUUCAGGAAGAGCCAGAGCAUAAUGUCGAAAUACCGCAACAUGCAGGCGAUGCGCAAUCGUGUACCAUACAACCGAGAACCCAACCAGCAACGCUGGUGAUGGUUCUGGUAUGCUACAACAAUUUUUGGCUGCCACGAUCUGUUCCAUGUGUGUGAUCCGGUAACUUUACUUGAAUCUGAUCCAUGAGGUGUCAGCGUCGGCAGCAUUAUCACCGUAUCCCUGUUUAUGGAGGCUUGCUGCCUGGCUGGGAAAGUUGCAGCCAUUAUCACAACAGCAACUGUUAUUUUGUUGAUGUAUCAGUUUUCUUUGACAUAGGUUAAUUUUGUCACAAGUGCAACCACAUUUUUUUAAUAACUAGUAUUGGGUGGGCAUUAAUCUGUUUAUGAAAUGCCAUAAUCAUACACACUAUAGCAUAAUUGAAUAUAUAUGGAAUAAUUGAACAUCUGAUGAUACCAAUGGGCUUGUUGGAUCAAAAUGAUGGCUGUAAACUGAAAGCGGUGUCUCCCCGUCUGCCGCCCAAUGACUGCUAGGAUAGGCUCCAGCAUCCCUACGACCCUGAGAGCAGGAUAAGUGGUUUGGAUAAUGGAUGGAAACUGAAAGCAAUGGUAGUGGUCUGAAUUUACUUUGAUUCUUGUGUUAUUGCUUACAAAGUAUGUCAUUCUCCUGUGUUCUUCCUCCACCUGCUUGUUAAGUUUUGGAGUAUUGAUUGUAAUAUUAACAAUCACAAUUUCAUGAUUAUUAAUUUUAGCAUGUGUUUUGUUUGUUUAACAGCUAAGAGAAGAGCAGAUUUUGAGUUACCAAGUCAUUGUAAAGUUUACCUAAAUCAGGUUUAUUUUCAUCCAAAGGUUUGUUGCUCUCCUUUUUGACGAUUUGUGGGUUUUUAAAAUUUGAUUAUUUCUUGACUUGUGUAAGGACAUUUAGACGUUACUUGUUAUGCGUUAUGUUAUAUAGUCCGAUUUUGAGUGUGUUUGAGACUUCAAAUAAAAGACUGGACUUGAUUUUGAGUCUGGUCUUUUUCACAUAUUUACUAAUGUAAUGUUGACACUAUAAUACAGAUUAUGACUAACGUAUAAUGUACAAAUGUAAAAAACAGAACAUAGGUGUUUAUUGUUCAAGGGCACCCAAUGCUGUGCUCAUGUUUUGAAUUUGUGGGUUGAUGGAUCAGCAGUUCGUUCAUUAAACUCAAUGU